GGGGGGGGGGCUCCCAUGGGAAACACACUGCUGCUGGUAGGAGAGACGCCGCCCUUCGCCCCUCGUGUCUCCGACCUCAGCGCACGGCGGCGGGAGCCGACCGGCACCCCGACGGAGGGGGAAGCGGCCCGCCCCGACCCCCCGGGCCCCCUCCCCCCGGCAGCCUCCGCACCACGGGCGGCGAUAGCGAGCCACUCGCUGCUCUGCCCCGCCGCCCACCUGCCCUCUAUGGUUCCGCUGGGCAGCAGGGGCGGCGGCGGGGCGAUGGCCGCGGAGGGGUUGGCGGCAGCGGAGCUGCAGCCGGAGGUGGACGGUGGCGGCAAGCAAGAGGGCGCCUGCGGGCACCUGCUGGAAGAGGAGGAGGGGGAGGGGGAGGACGGCGGCUACGUGUUCUACAGGGACAGGAAGGAAUGGGCAAAUAUUGAACCCGUCCCUCAAAAUGAUGGGCCAAAUCCUGUUGUUCAGAUCAUCUACAGUGAAAAGUUUCGAGAUGUCUAUGAUUACUUCCGGGCUGUUCUGCAGCAGGAUGAGAGAAGUGAAAGAGCUUUCAAACUAACAGCAGAUGCCAUUGAGUUAAACGCUGCAAACUACACAGUAUGGCAUUUCCGGAGAGUCCUCCUGCAGUCUUUGGGAAAGGAUCUCCAUGAGGAACUUAAGUAUAUUACAGCUAUCAUUGAAGAUCAGCCAAAGAACUACCAAGUCUGGCAUCACAGACGGAUGUUGGUGGAGUGGCUGCAGGAUCCAUCCCAAGAGCUUGAGUUCAUAGCUGACAUUCUUAACCAAGAUGCCAAAAAUUAUCAUGCGUGGCAACACAGGCAAUGGGUUAUUCAGGAGUUCAAAUUAUGGGACGAUGAACUGGAAUAUGUAGACCAGCUUCUGAGGGAAGAUGUGAGAAACAACUCUGUUUGGAACCAACGACACUUUGUGAUUUUCAACACCACCGGCUAUGACGAUCCAGCAGUCCUAGACAGAGAAGUCCAAUACACUCUUGAGAUGAUCUCAGCAGUGCCACAUAAUGAGAGCGCUUGGAACUACUUAAAAGGGAUCCUACAGGAUCGUGGUCUUUCUAAGUAUCCAAAUCUGUUAGAGCAACUGUUGAAUCUACAGCCCAGCCACAGUUCACCCUAUCUGAUUGCCUUUCUUGUGGACAUAUAUGAAGAUAUGCUUGAAAACCAGUGUGAUGACAAGGAAGAAACACUAAACAAGGCAUUGGAGUUGUGUGAAAUUCUGGCUAAAGAAAAAGAUACCAUCCGAAAAGAAUACUGGAGAUAUAUUGGAAGGUCCCUUAAGAGCAAGUACAGUGCAGGCACUGAACAGAGCACACUGGCAGACAAGGAGCAGUAACUGAACAUGGAAGAAAACAGUGUUAAGCUCGCAAGCUGUUCUACGGAAGUACUAAGUAGGGUCAUCAACUAGUUUAAAAUCCAGUGUAGUAUUCCCCUGGUGAAGAGGCAUUGCAAUGAAAGAGGAGUGCUGAGCGCUGUAUGGUCUUGGGUUGCUGCUGCUACUGGUCAUAGCUCUACAUGCUGUCAAGAAACGUAUUAAGGCUUCAUUAUUGACACGUACCAAAUAAGGGGUUUAUCUUCUAAUUAUAAAUACAUAAUGCUAUACCUACGAUUUAUAAGGGACUAAACCAAUUUCUCAUGCCCUGUCUUAUCCACUUGUGGUUUCUAACACAGUCACAUCAGAUGCUGCAGUAAUGACUGCAGGUAACUUAGCUGUAGUGGAUAUAAAGUAAUGUACUUCUGGUUAGUGCAGGCAGGUGCUGGAGUUGUUGCCUGAUGUGGGAGCAGCCGUGCAACACUGACAGCACAUGCUAUUGUAUGCAACUAACACCAGGUGUCACAUCAUAAUAAAACACAUAACUUAAAGCACUUGAAAUACUUUAGAGUGCUUGUUUUGGGCUUUAGGUGUGCAUAGUCUGUUCUCUCAGAUGCUGAUAGAGAUAAAAAUAAAAUAUCCCCUUCUAGGGAUAUUGGAUUCUAUUGCAUUGAGGUGUCUUUUGCACUGGAGUAUUCCCAUCCCAGAAACUUUGAAUACACUUAAUGUAUUCAGUGGAGCCUUGAAUUCUUAUCUGCACAGUCAGGAAAAAUGCUUUGAGGACCCUAGAAGAACUGCUUAUUUUUAUAUUGGAAUUUUGUUCAGGCAGCUGAAAAUCUGAAAUUUCUUUUUCUUCACACUUCGUAAUCAGGCCAAGCUGAAGUCAUAGGACAAAGAGAUUAUAACUCACUGGUUAUGUUACAUAUUUUCACUGCCCUGGAAGGGAAGGCAUGGUUUUGUUCAGGACCUGUUUGCAUUAAAUGUCUUAACUUAUUGCUGCUAUAGGUUUUUCAUAUUUUUUCCAUGCAUGUAUUCAACCAAUAAGUUUAUUUCCUCCCCUUUGUGAAAGACAGAAGGCACCUGCAGUACAGAACUGCAAAGGACAUGUUUACCUGUACAAGAAAACUGUUGCAUCUGCCCUGGUUAUUGUAAACUCUGUUCUUAGCAUGAAGUGUUUGUCUGAUAUGAAAUAUUUUCUUGGAGAUUAUCAUAAAGAGAACAAAUACUAGUAUUUAUUGUAUAAUAUGAACAGUUUUUCUAAUACUAAACAUCAAAAGCUGCUGCUGUAAUUAAACCAUAGUGAAGAUUAAUGCUUGAAAUGCAUUAAUCCAAUGCAUUCUUUAAAUUUAGGACAACUCAUGGGGAUUGGAAGUAAUAUAUGAAAGCUAUGUAAUUUGUUAAAUGUUUUUGUUGCUUUCCUAGCAGCAGUUUCCCAGAGAAUACAUUUUUGUAGUGACACAUGAACAUUUAAAAUGGACCUGAACUUCAAACACUUGGAUAUGUUACCCGCUGCUUUUCUUUUUUUCCUUUUUUUUUUUUGCCCUUUUAUUUUGUCUUGUUUUUUACCACAGUUGAAGCUCCAGCAUAGAACAAAAAGCGUAUAUUUCUACCCCCAUGGGUUGUCCCUAAUUGAAACUGUAUUAAAUAUGGAGUACUGAUCAGAACAGGAUGUCCAAGGUCUUCAAGACAAGGUAACAUAUUUGGCAUUACCAGUCAAGAAAGCUCAGAGAGAUAGAACAGACAAAUGCAGUCCUUAAAAUAAACAUAAUCAAUGAAGGGGGAACAGAAUUUUGCCUCUGCGUAUGGUGUUACUAAGUUCCUGUAUCUUUCAUAAACAAAAUUCAGAGGGUACUUGGAAUAAGGCAGAAUAUACUGGCAUGAAUUUCAGAGAAAAUAACUCAUUCCAAGGUAAGAUGAUGAACAGUGCCCACUGGGAUUGCAUUUUGGGAUGUGAUCGCUUAGUCUGUGGUCUGAGGAAGGAUCUUAGAUUUAACCCUGUUGUGUCAAGAACAGUGGGAUCUUUUGCCAGGGAUCUGUUCUUAUAGCGUGGUCAGCUUCUGGCCUUCUCAUGCUUGAAAGGAUACUAGAACUAAUCAGUAGAGAAUCAUCUACUGACAAAGUUAAUAGGAAUUUGGGCUGGUUAUACAAGCACAGUGAUAGUUACAAAGAUAAUGCCACUUCUGAGCUAAGUUUACCAGUGAAGGAAUAACCAGUUACGUACUCGUAGCAGAAAAAUAUCUCGUUUCAUGUAAAACAAAUGUGUGACCAAACAAAUCAUGCAAAUCCUAAGAAAAAAACAUGCUGGAGACUAAAGUCCAGUUUAAAAAAAAGAAAAAGUCAUUAUGUUUUAACAUAAAUGUUUGUGUUUUUUUCAAAUGCUCAUGUUUAUUGUCAUUUGGAUUGCAAGGAAACUCUGAAAUUCUCUUCAAAAGGUACCUCAGUUCUGUGGUAGUCAGCCACACUCACAAGUACUGAACUGUUGGAGCUGGAGAAAUGACAGGCUGCCCAGACAUGUUGCAACUGCCACUACCAAGCAUUUAAUUCUAAAAAUGUGUCUGGGACAGAAUUGUUCUGAUGGAAGCGGGAGCUUGACAAAAUGUAUGAGCUCUGGAGAGAAGGAUCUUAGAAUAGGAAGUGUCAGAUGACUUUAACCUAUAGGAAUUGGUGCUGACUGCCUAUGAUAACAGGAAACACAAAACUGAUCUGUCCUAAGGGUUCAUCUGUAUAUGAAAACUUACCGUUAUUACUGAUUGUGCGUAGUGAUGUGACUCUUGUGUACAAUUUUAUGACUGAAGAGCUGUGCCUAAAUGGAAAACUGUAUUGAUACAACUGUCCCUUGUAAAUCAGUGUAAUAGGAAUAUUCAGUAGCAUACAGAAAGUUAUUAAAGCAUGUGAAAUAA